GUGCUGACAUCAAGCAGGGGGAUUUCUGCCUCUACAGCAAGGCCCCCGGUGGAGGCGAGGCUUCCUUCUGUGUACUGGCGCAGACGACGCAGCCGGACCUGGCUGUGGAGAUUCCCUGCCCGUCGGGCUUGUCCUGUUUGGGGAAGGAAGCGCAACCUCGCGUCUGCCCCAAGGGCUACUUCUGCCCAGCCGGCACUGGACACACCAUGAGCUGCCCGGAGGGCGACUUCUGUCCCUCUGCGGCCAUCAACAUCUCCUGCGACCCGAAGGUGAGCGGCUCAUUCCUGGAUGGUGCGCGAUGCGCUCCCGACCGAGUUGGCCGGGAUUCCCUGCCACAGCCUUGUGAAGCGGGCACAUACUGUGUUGCCGGUGUGGCCAGGCAAUGCCCCAGAGGGCAUUACUGCCCCACGGGUGUGUCGGCACCCGUUCCCUGUGUGCGGACGGAAUUCUGCCCCCCAGGCUCUCGAAUGCCUGGCCGGUCGAUUCGUGCCGCUGUGGAGGUGCUGGUGAUUCUGGGCUCUUGCGCGUGCCUCCUGUCCUCUUUGGACUGGUGGUGCCUGACGGCCGAACUCUGGUGGCUGCGGUUUUUGAUGGCUUUAGCCCUCCUGGGGGGACUCUGGCUCUACGAGUUCUUUCGACCGCACCGGGUUCUGCAACCCGUCCUCUUCCUCACCUACGCCGCUGCCCUGGUCAUCUGGGGCGUGGCCGUGACGCCGCGACUGCACGCUGCCUGUGGGAAGCAGGAUCUCUGGAUCUUCGAGCAGGUCUGCCUAACGUUGGCUGCUGCAGGCUGUGGUCUGUUGAUCGGAGAUGUGGCUGCAGCCUGCUACUUGGCGAUCCUCAUCCCCUUCAUGUCCGUCGCCUAUCAUUUCUUUGGCGGGAGCCUCUCGAGUUUGCACCAGAACUCGAAGCUUUUGCUUCUCUUGGCGGCCUAUGCCGUCACGCUGGGCACGAUUAUGGCCCUCGGCUACUGGGAAAGAGCUCUGGCGUAUGGCCUCCUCUGCCUGCUCUGGAUCGCUUGGGCCGCCAUCUGCUGUCUUUACGACCGAGGCUGCUCGAGGGGCCAGGUGGAAGAUACCGUCCGCGAGGUGACGAUCGCUUUGGUCCCUCCUGCCGUGAGCCCAUCCUACGAUCCCUCGUCGGUAGACCACGCCGAGCUCGGCGAGCUUCGGAGCGGCAGCUCGAGCUACGGCAUCAGCUUCAGCCUCCAGGGCGUGUCGCUGCUGCUGCCGAAUGGCCAGGUGAUCUUAAGUGACAUUAGCCUCGACAUUCCCGCCGGAUGCACUGUGGCCGUGAUGGGGCCCAGAUAUUUUGUGCUGCGGAGAGGGGUGUGGGAAGAUCGGGUUUGGGGGGCCAUCCCGCUGGCCGACUGGUGUCUCAGCGUCGAAGGGUCGUGUGCCCAGCGCCCAAGUGAUCGCAGAGUCGCAGUUCGCAGUGGCAAGAAGUGA